AAAAAAAAAGAAUGUUGACUAUCCAACUAUACAGAAUGGAAGGUCAUAUUGAGUUCCUUCGAUGUAAAAUCUGUCAAAAACAGUUUCCAAGAUAUGACCAACGUGGAUUUCGAAAUGCUGGAUUCACUACUCACCAGAACAAAUGUAUUGAGCGAGAAUAUCUCAUGAAAAACCCUGUCAUUCAGCAACAAUCUGCCCCCAAAAGGAGGAUAUUGUUACCAGCCCCUUCCAAGGACAGAAAAAAUUGGCAACAAUCAUAUGGGGUGCCUCAAUAUCAGAAUGCCACACAGACGCCCUCCACAGUCAAUGAGAACACUUUCAUUAAUGUUAGUACUAACGACUCAAGUCAUAUUGAGCAGCUGUCUGUGCCUGAACGAAUUUUCCCGAUUCUUCAAUGUGAUUACUGUGUUCCUGAAUAUGGUAUGCAUCAUUCUUCUUGUACGCUUUUAGCUGAUAUCAUUGAUCCCAAAAAUUCUGAUGCUUGACGAAAACAACAACAAGAAUAUCCUAUAAUUGGUCAUUCGUUUUUUCCCAUGCUUGUCUUUUCAUAAGCCAUCACUCGCUACUAACGUAUGCAUAGUACUAUAACAACAACUAUCAAUAUUAAGCAACUAUAUGCAAU